AUGGGCAAACCAAACACCGAAGCGGAAGCGCAAGCCGAUGCCGUCUCGCUGCACACUAAUCCUGGCGACCGCGAGAGCUUCCCGCCAUACAACGAUGACGAUGCCCCCGAACUAGAUAUUGACGCAUUGGACGACUUGCCUCCAGUCUACGCCGACGUAGUCGAAGAAUCAUCUUCAUCCUCGGCCGAAGCUCCAUUGCUUGGUGAAUCCGCGCCAGUACGAUCCUCGCAGUUUCGCCCCUACCGGACAGAUGUUGGCACUGGCGCUGAAUUCUAUAUUGAUGGGCGCCUCGAGUCUCCUACCGAUCUAGCACAAUACGUCCGAAUCCUGGCAGCAAAGCCACCGCGACCGUACAUUCAAAUUCUAGGGACUCAUCAGGCCAGCAGGAAGAAGAGCGAUGGCAAGACUGAGAACGUCAAAGUGACGGAUUUUGAUGUUUCUGUCGAGUUGACACCAUAUCUGUACUCAAACGUACAGUAUGGCAAGUCUUGGACACAACUACGUACCGUCGACAAUGCAGAAAAGGUUCAUCGCGGCACGAGUCUCAAGAAGCGUGCACCUGGUGCUAAACAAGAUUUGGAAGUAGGAGGAGCCCCAAAGCCUACCUUGGAAGAGUGGUGCCAUCGGUUCUGUGCAAGUCAUGCCGGCCUCAAGUCAUUCGCCCUGAGGCGCGAAAUAACCGGGUUUGACUUUCAGCAAGUAAAGCAGGAGCUGCACAGCUUGGUUCGCAGCACCAACUAUAGAGGUCACCUGGAGAUUCGACUUCAAACCAAAGACGCCUUGGUCGAGAUCUACAAUGAAGCACGGAUCAAUCGCUGGCGCUUGAUAGGCUGGCUGCGCUUUGUUUUCUUCAUUACGCUCAUGUUCAUUUUUUCCUGGCCAUACCUCUUCUUCCGUACCAAGCGUUGGGAGGUUGCUGUUGCCGAGUGGCCAUUUUCGCGAAUGGCAGAAGGAUCGCGUCGCGAAUAUGUUAGUAUCACGGAAGCCCAGUGGUACAAUAUGUGGGCUCGGGCCAUACUCCAGGCUGUCCUCGAAAAGCGUCAGACUGUCUUGGAUCAGGCAGACUUGAGAAGAGCACAGGAGCCUGAACCCAGCUUUGAAACAGGCAACACUACCGUCGACGGCGCCAUGGGCUUCUUUAGGGCUGGUAUGAGUGCCAUGAACGAAGUCAAUAGGCAAUUGGGGUGGGGAGGAGAUUGUUAA